UCCAGCUCUGCGCUGACCCACUGGGGGCCGACGGUGGGCAGAGCAGGCAUCUCAUUGGUCAGUCUGUGUGUGACAUCAGAGUGACGCUCCGACCUCGUCUUCCAGGUGACCAGCCGUUCCCCUGCCUUGCGGCUUACGGAGCAUCCAAGGCGGCGCUGAACCUGUUCACUGAAACCCUGAGGCAUGAGCUGGUUCCCUGGGGGGUCAAAGUGAGCACCAUCCUGCCGUCCUCGUAUAAGACAGGUCCAAACUGAGCUGGACCAGAACCAACCUGCAGGGAGGAAGGGAAGCCUAACUCGCGACCGAACGCCCUGA